AGAACCAGGAACGUGGAUCGCUUUGACUGUAUUAAAGAGAACAAGGAAGCAACAUGUGCCGAUAACUAUACAAGUAGUCUGAUCACAGCAAUAUAGAGAGGAAAUAGAGACAAUUGUCAGUGUACUGGAUAUUUAAAAUACUGCUGUUAUUAUACAGGUAAGGGAGAAAUAUUGAGAAGUUUACCAUAUUGAAACAAUGAAGAGAGAGGUAAAUGCCGGGGUGAAUUUCCUGAGACACCUAGCCGUGGAGCGGGGUGGCUUGGAUGGCACCAAAGCUGACGCUUUUGCUGGAAAGCUACGGCAACUUCUGGUCAACAAAUUCAAAGACCACUGGUACCCUGACAACCCCAACAAAGGACAGGCAUUCAGGUGCAUCAGGGUAAGCGAGGGGGUGCCGUGUGAUGAGGAGGUGCUGAAGGCGUGUGAGGAGAGCAAGCUCAAACUCAGCGAGCUGGGCCUCCCAUGUGAGAUUGCGCUGUGGAUCGACCCACUGGAGGUGUGCGCACGGUCAGGGGAGAACUGCAGGUACUUCACAGUAGCUCGUUUCAAAGAAGAGGAAGAUGUGAAAGGAGACAAAGAUGUCGACCUGGAUACGUCCGACUACCACUCCGCCACCUCGUCUGACUGUGGCUCUACUAUCUCCAGCGACACAGACACAGAGGACGAGGGGAAGGAUGGAGAGACGGUGGGAAGAAAAGAUGAGGAAGAGAAGAAAGAGAAGGAGGGAAAGAAAGAGAAGGUGGAGGGCAAACCUUGUGUGAUUGCCAUGAUGCCCAGGGUUCGGGACAGGUUCAGGGUGGAGCAUGCUCAACAGAAGGUCACCAAAACACUGCUCCAGCCCACCUCUCAGCAGUACUACUACCACCCUGCCCCUGUGUGGCCCACAACGUACAAGAAGAAGGGUCCUGUGUUCCUCACCACAAUAUACGCGCCUCCGCCUCCCCCAGCGUUCGGCUACUACGUCCUGCCCCAGCCACCCCCGCAGUUCAUCAUGCCUUAUGCCACUCUGCAGCCAUGGGGGGCUGUGAAGAGCUAAACCAACUGGUUGGAGAGGGAGAGGUAAAACUGCCCUUUUACCUAUGAGCCAAUCACGAUGGGUCGAUGCAGGUUUUUGAAGGUGUGGGUGAGGCGCAGUUAAGAUAGUUUGACAAAAGGAAGGGUUAGCGGGGAGCACAUCUUGUUUCAUUAUCAUUUUUUAAUUGCUGUACACUUAUUUUUCUUCUUUUUGGUGAAAAUCAGUUUCGGGGAUUUCCUCUAUGUAACUUUCUUAGGUAGAAUUGCCACUGAAGUAAACAAGGAAUAUACUAAAACAGGCAUUUAGCAAAUAUUGCUACAGGCACUUCCCUAAGGGUUGCCAGUGUGUUUUGGUUUAGGGUAAUCCGCUGAUUAAAAGUAGUCUAUUCAUAUUGCUGAAGUGUCUAGAAUAGGCCUGCUAGACAGUCUGUUGCACAUUGACUAGUUUAGUGUGAUACUGUAUUCCAGUGGUAUUCAACUCUUACCCCGCGAGGUCCGGAGCCUGCUGGCUUUCUUUUCUACCUGAUAAUGAAUUACACCCACCUGGUGAACUAGGUUUAAAUCAGUGCCUGAUGAGAGGGGUAUUCUUUCAUUGGGUGAUCAUAAUAUCUCAGGAAUCCUCAGCAAUAAGCUGAAAGCAUAAGCUUUUUUGAUGAUUUUAUAUAUUUUUCUAAAUAUUAUAGACUACCUUUUCAUAUGUCACCUCUAUGAAGCAUCAAAAUGGUGAAUGUGCACUGUAGGAUAUAGACCAGAGCUGCCCAAUCAUGGUCAUGGUGGGCCUAAAACACAUCUGGUUUUUGUUUCUACCUGGUAGUUAAUUGGACUGUGAUUGUUAUCUGUCAAGUACAGACCUCUCUCUAUUUAUAAUAAUUAACAGACCAACCAGAAGCUUUUUGUACAUACUGUAACCUAUUAACAAAUAGUCAUUAUCAACCACAUUUGUUUUUUAAAAUUUGUUGUCAUUUAUUUUUCCACCUAUGGGUGGUACCAAAACAUUGUUGUAAAGUCAAAUUCCACGCAUAUUUAUGUAUAUUCUCUAUUUUAUAUAUCUUGAUAAAGUUUGUAGUGUUGGUGCAUGUAUAAUUUUAAUAGUAAUUUGUUUAUAAUUUCCUUUUUUAGAAAUCUUUAGUCUGCUUUAGGCCAGAUUGAAGAACAAUCUGUCCUUAAUGGCGAUGUACUCUUAUAAUCUCCACCCGGCACAGCCAGACGAGGACUGGCCAACCCUCAGAGCCUGGUUCCUCUCUAGGUUUCUUCCUAGGUUCCUGCUGUUCUAGGGAGUUUUUCCUAGGCACCGUGCUGCAUUGAUUGCUGUUAGGGGUUUUAGGCUGCGUUUCUAUAUAGCACUUUGUGACAUCUGCUGAUGUAAAAAGGGCUUUAUAAAUAAAUGUGAUUGAGUGAUUGCUGGGAUAAAAUGGGUCUGGACUGAACUGUAUUCACUCCUGUGUAAUCAGUCUUUCAUGGAUUUACUGUAAAUAGUUUUAUAUACUGGAAAUGAAAAAUGCUUGGGUGAUCCAAAUGUUUAGCUUUAAUAUGAAUAGGUGUUUUCAUAACUUAAUACUUAUAUUCUCUAUUUUUAUACUAACUUUUAUUGGCCCAUUGAUCUGCUUUGGAUGCAUAUUUAUUCAAUGUUAUGAACUGCCUUUUCCCUUGUUCUGAGUACAGAGCAGUACUCUGUUCACACGAUUAUUACUGUAUCUGAUAGACAAUUGGCCAUGCUAAUGUUUAUGAUAAGCUGUGUCAGUUUUUAUACUUAUCUCUCUGUCUUGUCAGCACAUAACAUUAAAUCAACCGAUUUCUAAAAUCAAA